AUGGAUCUCGACCAUUUGAUGCUCAAUGGCGAGCAAGGCGGGCCAUCCGUCAAAAUCUCAGCCGCCAGCCGCUCUCGAGUAGAUUUCGAAAUGACAGGCGCCGACCUCUCCUUCGCAAACUCCAUCCGCCGCGUAAUCCAAGCCGAAGUCCCCACCCUCGCCAUCGACCUCGUCGAGAUUGAAAUCAACAGCUCCGUCCUCGCCGACGAGUUCAUCUCCCACCGCCUCGGUCUCAUCCCCCUCGUGUCCAAGGACGUUAAGGACCUCCGGUACUCGCGAGACUGCGACUGCGACCAGUACUGCGACGCAUGCAGCGUUCGUCUCAGCCUCCACGCUAAGUGCAUGUCCGACGAGAUCCUCAAGGUCUACGCGCGCGACCUCAUCAUCGAUAGCAGUCGCAAGAGCGCCGAUCUCGGGACGCCGGUCAUUACGGAUCCCGAGGGUCAUGGUUCGCUUAUUUGUAAGCUUCGUCAGGGGCAGGAGUUGAAGUUGCAGUGUAUUGCGAAGAAGGGCGUGGCGAAGGAGCAUGCGAAGUGGAUGCCUACAGCGGCUGUGGGCUUUGAGUAUGAUCCUCACAAUAAAUUGCAUCACUUGGAUCUUUGGUACGAAGAGGAUGCUCAGAAGGAAUGGCCCAAGAGCAAGUACGCGGAGUGGGAAGAGCCGCCUCAAGAGGGCGAGCCCUUCGACUAUAACGCGGUACCCGACCGUUUCUACUUCGAGGUGGAGGGCGUAGGCGUCUUAGACCCCGACGAGAUUGUGCAGGGAGGAAUUAGUGUUAUCCAGCAAAAGAUCGCCGAGUUGAUACACGUCAUAAGCGGUAGAGGACCCGAGAACGCCGUUGAGGACGAAUUUGGUGGUCCUAGGAGUCCCGACAUGGCCAUGGACGGGAACCCGUGGCAAGACACUGCCUACGCGACUACUCCUUAUGGUAAUGCGGGGAAUCAGAGCACUUGGGGAGGGGCUGCGACGACGCCUUAUGCCACGACUACGCCGUAUGGAAAUUCGGGGCAGAGCGGAUGGAGUUGA